AAAACCUUGGAAUCAAUGCUCUGGAAACAAAGGCGUUUGUUUUCAGGAGUUACUGGUAUUUGUGUUUGCAGUAUUAACUUAAAGGCUGGUAGUUUAAGAAGCACGCAUACCAAAGGACAAACUGAAAUGGAAACGGUUCCUGAAAAUGAGAUUUUUGAUCAUGAAGCAAGCAAAGUGCAUUUUUCAACAGACGUCAGUUUGAAUACCGAAAUCAACAUUGUUUGUAAGAACAACGAAGAAAUAGAUGUACAUAUAGGGUUAUUACAAGAGCACCAUACAUAUGAAAUACAAUUUCAAGUUCCAAACCGGUUUCCCGAUGGUUGGAAGCAUCCUGAGGUUUUGGACUCCGAGUUUCGUAUUUUGUCAAUUGACUCGAUAGAUAAGAAUCGACUUCUUGUCACCGUGGAAUGGAGAUGUACCAUGGAGGGUAAAUCAAAGAAAAGAUUAACACUACACUCAAGAGAUGGGGCUAAGCACAUGAAGAUAUGUAUAGAUGCUCGUGUUAUGGGCAAAACCAAAGGAACGCCAAUGCUUAAAAACGGUAUUAAGUGCAUUCAUGUCCCAGACGAUACUGUGUCUGAAUCAAGUGAUUGGCAAGGAUUCGACUAAUUCUAGUAUUAGUGCACUUUUAGUAUAUAUAUAUAUAUAUAUAUAUACACCUUAUUUUACUUAGUUUUGUAAAAAAGUUGUUACCUUGCAAACUUCUUUGAUAAUUUUUACUAAACAUAAAUUAGUUGAAAUUUUCAAACUACGUAGAACAAAUUCUUAUAAUGUGUACAGGGCCUUAUACAACAGGUAGAUGGUUGGCACCGGAUUCAGGCCUGCAGUUUAUCAAAGUUUCAAAUGAAUAUCUUUGCCUCUACCUUUCCUCAUCUUCUGCUGUGUUUCUUCUGCAUUUCCUGGACGUCUUUUUCUUUUCGAGAGAUCCCCUUGCUUUUUCUAUUUCGGCUCAAAUAUCUUCAUAACAUACCACUCUGUUACCAUUUGAACGACCAGUCUGAUAAUUCAUUAAACUUAUCCAUUGCAAGAUAUCUUCUACCAGACAUGACUCCUACUAGAUACUUUUCUUUAACUUAUUAGUAAGAUUGUGUAGGUCCGAUCAUUUUCUGCAGCCUCUAUCUUAAGUUUGUCCACCACUACUUCAAUUUUCUAGUUAGCCAUUAUUUUUUUCAUUGCAAGAAAGAUCAUGUCAUGUACAUGUCAUCAACCACCUACUCGCGAAAUUUUGCUCACCACAGCCUACAUUUUCUCAACUGUUUUUCUACUCGCGACAUUUUUCUCCCCAGAACAUACCCAUUCACCACUAUUAUGCUACUAACUAUUACUGAGCCAUUCACUACAACAUGAUAGCUUCCCUCUAUUUUCCUGCUAACCUUAACGUACCUAGUCACAGCUAUUUCCAGCUUAUCACUUUACACAUACAAAUUGCCUAGGCUCUACCUACUGAUAACUAUUCUCCUAUUUUACAUGACUUACCCGCCACAACGUGCAUACUCACCUCUGUAUAUGGAUUCACCACUACGUACUUAACAUAUGUUAACACACCAUAGAAUGUCACCAUAAGUUCGACUUUAUCAUAAAUACUUAGUUGCUCAGUUGUCCUACAAAACGUGAUGUUUCGAAUUUCGAUUUAAAAGUACAAAUUCGUUCAUUUCUUGUCUCAAUAGAAAAUAUAUUCACCAUGCACUUCAUUAGAUUCUUCGUUCUUGUAUCAAUUCUUGUUCUUGUUCUUGCAUAUGAAAAGCAAUUAUCAUUGUAAUAUAUUCUAGGUAACAAUAUUGUAGGUUCACAAGAUCAAAUUCAUGUAGCUACUAAAAAUCGCUAGAAAGUGCAUUUGUCUGUUCCAACAACAAUCUUUCUCGCAACAGAAUCCAGAUGUUAUCAGACUUACUUGAAACAAUAGAUUGACUUAAUUAGAUAUAUCAACGUUUUCGCCUCAGCUAUCGCUUUUCAGUGUGACACAUAUGCUAGUCUCAUAGAAGAUUGUGAUUAUUUAUGAUAAAUAACGCAUGCGCAAAGAUACCAUUGUUGUGUUUAUUUGCCUGUAGUACUGUCUUGGAAUGUCUAAAAUCUACAGUUAUUCAACCCUAAAGAUGUCAGAUAUUCGACUUUUUAUAGGAUAUUUUUCCGUUAUUGUGCUCAAUUGUAACGCUGCUCAGUUUAUGCUGGGUUGUUAUCGAUGAAAACGUAGUGAUUGUAACCAUUAGAACGACAUUGGAUCACCCAAAUCUCAUUUAUCCUUUCGGCCAACCAUUGAGAGGAUAGACUGUCUUUUAAUGGUCGGUCAAUAUUACGUCACUGUAAGGUAUAGAUGAAUAUAUGUGGAUACGCCUUUACAGCUUAUUUUGUUCUGAUUUAUUGUUGUUAAGGGGCAAAGCUUUGCUCCGAAUUCGAGUCUUACGCGGAUACGCGGAUACAUAGCUUGUUUGUAGCGAGUAAUACAAAUAACAUAAAUGAAGAAACUACUCAAAUUUAUUCUCAUCGUAGUACAGAAUGACAAGGUAUAUAAGCUAAAAUGUGUUUUGAUCUCCAGGUUUAUUUUGGGCUCUAAAUGAGUUAUAGAUUAGAGGCUUCAGCAUGGCCAAGAUGUGCCGCUUUUACUAGACCCUUUACUGCUAUUAAAAAAAGCCUCACUUGCAACAGUUUACUUCAAAGCCACGAGCAAAAAACUUCCUUGAAUGUUAGUUUUUGAAAACCGAUUUUACUGUCUAGCUAGGUACCCCAAAUUAUCAUAAUUUUUCAAAUUUUUCUUUGAAACAAUCAAAUGCGAAUCUAGUGAGUUAUGGACGGGGAAGCACCCUGUGCUCAUGUGGCCAUAUCUCAGCGAGUUUGUAACUCAUUCAAAUGAUUUUUCUCAUUUGGGAAUAUUUCGUAAUGCUCUUCAAGGUUAUAUGUUCGAAUUUGAAAAAACCUAAAAAUUGAUUAUUGUUACGUCUUCACUUUUGGAAUUCUAUUCUAUAUGAUACAUUUUGCAAAGCAUGUUUCUCAUAUUCUCUGUCGCUUUCUUGCAUUUUUCUUGUUCAAACCUACUCAUUGAAUUAUUUUCCGAGUAUCUAAAGAUUGUAGCCUAAUUUUGCCAAUUUUCACUGAGUUAAGGUUACGGUAAACGUUUCUGACACGAUAUUUGGUUUUCUCUCCCUAGAAGCAAAACUAUUGACGCAAUUAGAUUAAACUAUACAUCAUUCGAUGCACAAGAAUGUGGCGAUUCCAACCAUAUCAAAAUAAUUGGCAAAUAUCGUAAGAUGAUACUUUCCAGGCAAAUUUAGUGCUUAAAUGAGUGUACUAUUUUGUACCCUUGUGUUUGCGGCCAAAACGCAUUGUAAAGUGGGGCCAAAAUUUAAUGAUUGUGUUUGUAUUAAAAAGGCCGCCACCAUGGUUGGCGGCAAGAAAAAUUUUAGGUUAUAAUAAUCUAGGGAUGGCCGGAAACUGCAUCUAAAAUAGAAUUUGACUGGAGAAAAGCUAACGGUUCUAUAGUUUUAUCUAUUUUAACGUUGACAUGAAAAGAAAGGGUCUUUCAAAGUUUUAAAAUUAUCUUAGCAUAACAGCGAAUAAUCAACCUUUUUACAAAUGAAUGAAACUAAAAUAUUUUUCUGAGAUAAAGCGCUCGGCGGGCCGGGUAAAAACCUGCUGCGGGCCGGAAUUGGCCCGCGAGCUGGAGUUUAAGAAUGGCUGCUUUAGUUCAUGCAGGGCCUGCCAAGUAAUACGUGUUAACAAUUAUCCUGCAGAGUUUAAAGUGUCAGAGACGCAGGUACACUAAAGGAGGACCUGCUUAGAUAGGGUCAAGCUUGUUUAGUGGUCAAAAAUGAACUUGAAUCUCAACUAUUUCUCAAAGUACUAAAUAGUAAUACAAUAGUGUUUUACUUAUGGUACUAAAAAUUUUAUAUCUUGGUCCUUGAAGUUAACGGCAGGUUGGGAAUUGAUAAACCUCUCAUAAAUCUUGUUUUUUGCUAGCUACAGUUUUUUUGGUGAAAAGCUUAACUUUCUGUAAGGAAGUGAUUAUACUGUUUUGUAUCCUGCAGUUUUUUUGAGAUUGCUUAGACGUCAAUAUCCUGAUGCAGAGGUUUUUCCGGUUGACUGUAUUUGCCAGAUUCAAACAAGAUGAUUUUUUGCCAUCUCAUUUAUUUUGCACAGUUUAUCCCAUGCACUCAAGGUGGUCCAUCCUGUUUACUAGCUGUUUUAGAUUUUCACCCAUUCAUCGUCUUCUAAUGAUAAGCAACAUCUGUCUGCAAAGAUUUCACGCGCUCAUUCUCCUCAUUAAGCAACAUCUGUCUACUCAGAAUUUUUAGAUUCUUAUCAAUCCUCUUCCUGUAUUAAGUACAAAUAUUUUCAGCGGAUAUCAUUUCGUACAAUAAACUUCGGCGAAAAUAUAUCACAUUUUUUUGAAUUUCAGACAAAUAAAUUUUUGGAUAAUUGUUGACCAGUCUUUUGGAUGUUUCAAGCAAAACUACAUCAAAUUACUGAUUCACACAUGAUUUGUAAGAUUGCUAUUGAGCUUUGAAGAAACUUUGAAGAAUUUCUGACUCCUGAAAAUGUGACAACGUUAAGAAACUUUCAGUCCCGAAGUGGCUCAAAAUUCUUAGGGACUUUUGAUAGACAAUGAGAACGAUGUUGUUAUUAAUUGGAGUCGGUGAUCCAAUAAGAUUGAAAAAACGACUGUUUUCAAAAAUUUAUAACUUGACGAUUUAUAGUUCAAAAAAUAGAUUUGAAAAAUUGGAAAGUCGAAAUUUUGCUGACCGUGCAUUUUUCAUGCUUCCGGAAACGCGACUUUGGGUCAUUUGCCAGAAUGUUCCGAAGGCUUAGAAUAGUCAAUUGCCUUUACUUUUAUGAUUUAAACAUGGCGGCAGAAGUUGUUUGAAGGCCAAGUAAGCGGACAUGUUAACAUUAACCAUUGUCUUAGUCCACCCAUUUCUGAGUUGCUUUAUGUUCUUUCCCUCAAGCCACAUAGAUAAAAUAUACGACUGUUUAUUUGUUUCUUUAUAAUAGUUGAUGCCCAUAUAUGCAUGUGCGAAUGGUGAAUAGAGUUUGCUUCAGCCAGUAGACCCAAAUGGGCAAUAGAUAAGUGACGUGUUUGGUUAUCUUUCAAAACCAAACUUAUUUGAUCAUGAAAUGCAUUGUUUUAUUUUUGUAGUUUAUCAGGACCAUACAACCAUGACAUUUGAAAAAAAAUUAAAUCAGAACAGGACUGUUUAUAGAAAAAGCACAGUUUUGAUAGAGGCUGGUUGACGUUUUUGCUUUACUGGCUAUGUUUUCUGUGAUUUCCACAAGGUUGAAUCCUAGGUACCUUGCUGUUUAUCCUGUGGCACGGUCUUGAAUUAUACUUUGUUAUCAACGCAGUAUCUACUUUUGAUCAUUAAAUCUUGCAUUCACAAAAUGGCUAUUUUUUUUACAAGGAUAACUUUGAUGUACAGUUUCAGAAUUCUAAGGAAAACUUUUUGAUUUGUCAAUAAACCUUUUCAGAAGGUGCAAGAUUACCACUUGCAGGCUUAUGAGUAUCAUUUUCCUUCUCUUUCCCAAUGAGAGCCUGAAGCUUUGUUUUUGAUUGAACAAAUAAUCGACAUUUACUUUCCCAUUCAAGUACUUAACAUUCUGCUGGUAUGUCAGAGGUACCGCGUUAUUAUAUCGGAAAUGUAAUGUUUCUGAUCACUACUUAACACAUGAGUCCACGUUUUAAUGCUUGCAUUGUGGUGAACAAGCUAUUGGUAAUAGAUCCACGCAGAAUAGAUAGACCAGGCGGAGAAUAGGGGAAUGGUCGCCCGAGAGCAAAAUUUAUGGGUCUAAGUGCUCAAUUCGAGGGUGCUGGUUUCGAAAAUCGAUGUUAUACAGAGAUUUUGGGGGGCCAUCAGCCUCUUUUUCGUGUUUGAAGUCUCGUUUUGCUUAAAUGAAGGUACUCAACGAGAAAACAGUUUGAAUGGAAAUAAGUUAAAAUUUUAAAGUUGAUCAAGCAUUUUUCUUGUGCAUAAAUGUUUAAAAUUAAAUUUUGGUCUGUUAAGGGGGGUGCAAAAGCCUCGUUUUCAUGAGGAAAUUGCGUAAUCUUAAUGUUUUUAUGCUUAAAUAGACAUCUAAAAAGUUUAAUACAUCUCUUGAUGGGACUAAUUUUUGAACUGUCGUCCAUAGGAACUAUGCAGAGCUAUUCAUUACUAACUGAUAAAUACUAACGGAUCAUCUAAAUAAACAUAGUUUAAUCGCUUCAAAGUUCCUCAAGAUCGCCUUCUGAGUCACUGCACACGACGCUCUAAAUACAGCUCUUUUUUUACUUCAGCUUGGCUUAGCGAAAGUUCCCAGGUAUGUUUUUGGUUACAAGCACCACACUGUCGAUAGAAUCCUCAUUCGUCCCAACCAUGAUCUAUCUACUAGGAAGCCAAAUUGAAAUAUCAAACCUUCAGCUUGUGAUGUUAAUAGCCCAGUCUUUGAGAACUUCAACAUGAUCCUUUAUAACUUUUGUACCCUCAAAUUUGUGUGAAAAAAUCACUGUCCGGCAAAAAAGUUGACUACAAUCCUUAAUAGUUGCAAGCUAAAAAGGAUUAAACAACAUUUCUUUGCUUUCUUCGCUGUUGUGGAAGCUGUUGAAGUCAUAUAGCACCUUAAUGUCGAGUAUCGACACAAGUGCAAGUGGAUAAGACACCGUUGUUUCAAGAUCAACACCUGUAUCGUGCUUGUUAGAGUGGACAACUGAAGGCCAAUAAUUUCUCUCUAAAAGCUCUUUUUUCCUUCCUUUAAUCUUCAGCUUAAUUUUCACUGACGAAUCCUUUAAGGCUGCAACGACUUUGUUUCCAGUAUCUUUUGAAAAAAGAAAGCAAGUAUUUUCGAGGGCACCAUCAGUUCCGUCAGUUUUCGAGGGUACCGUUCGGUUUAUUACUCUCAGGUUUUGGACAAUCCCGACAACACUCUCAGGUGUACCAAAGCUCAUUCGGAAGACCUUCGAGAAAGAGGUGGUCUCCUAAAAGGUUAAAAGCAAUAUAACAGGAGUUCCUCAAGGAUCUCUUUUUUCUUUCAAACUUCAUAAUGAAUCAUAGUGCAGCAGAGCAGGAACUCCUGUUAUAUUGCAAUAAAGAACUUACAAUGAAGAUAAUAAGGCUAAAAUGGACAAUGAUUCGAAUAAAACUGAUAGAGUUUUUAUUUUUAAAGAUUGUUGAAAAAUAAACGGUCCAACUCCUCGAAUAUAAACCAAAGAUACAUGAUUUGAGAAUUUUGCUCAAGAGAUUUCUUUUUCCAUACUGGAGGUAUCAAGCCAGUUUACUUCACUAAAGAGGUUGGAAAUGAUUAUGUCAUGGGUUUGAAUUUGAACAGAAUAGUGAACAGAAAUGUGAAAAAUCGAUUGAAAAUCGGUAGAGACUGUUUAUUAUAUGGCCAGUAAAAACAUCAGAAUCUUACUAAAGGAUUUCUGUUGCUUCAGCUUUUUUUAUAUGAAGACGAGAUUACAGUGACCCUUGGUAGAAAAUAUGGCCUUUGCUCACGCAGCAAGUUUUUGGAAGAUCGAACUCUUCUUCAUUUGCUCGUUCAUAGUGCAGUUUUUAGCUAGACCGAAAAGAAGACCAACGAGGAAAUCCUUCAAACCAUAUUUUUUGCAGCCAUAGACUUGAAAAGAUCUUACUGACUGGCAUGGUGUUUCGCCUAAUAGGAAGAGGUAGACCAAAACCCCGCUACAUGGGAAUGACGGAGGCGACGAGACUGGCACAGGACCGGGAUUGUUGGAUAGACAUGGUACACAGGGCCACGGCUGGUCGGGACCGACCAAUCUGUUGAUGAUGAUGAUGAUGAUGAUGAUGAUGAUGAUGAUGAUGAUGAUGAUGAUGAUGAUGAUGAUGAUGAUGAUGAUGAUGAUGAUGAUGAUGAUGAUGAUGAUGAUGAUGAUGAUGAUAUGAUGAUGAUGAUGAUGAUGAUGAUGAUGAUGAUGAUGAUGAUGAUGAUGAUGAUGAUGAUGAUGAUGAUGAUGAUGAUGAUGAUGAUGAUGAUGAUGAUGAUGAUGAUGAUGAUGAUACAGAAAUUCUGAAAUACAGAAAUUUCCGUAUGUUUUCUGACAUACCACUUGUUGGAUAUUAACCUUCUUGGCCGAUGAUAUAACAUUUAAUAUUCUUACGCAAAGUUGUAGGGCAAUAAUAAGAUUGAGCAAUGCUUUAUUUAGUAACGUUUUUAAAGCUUUAGAGAUGUAGCCAUAAAACUAGAAAUAAUAGAUUCUAAUUUGAUUGAUAACCUGGGUAUGACCAUGUCCUGGGUAGGACCUCAAACUGCAUCCAGUGGUGAGACUUUAGUUCGGGAGUUCUUGAGCCUCGGAUGGCAGCCCACCUAGGUGAAGGAAAGCUCCAAUCUCAAAUCCUGUUUUAAAUUUAUCAUGGAGUGACCAGUUGAAACAUGGCACUCUUUGAUCUCAAAUUUUGGUUAUUUUGAUGAUAAAAAAGGUAAUAACUGAUUUUUAGUAUGUGAUUAAAAAGAUCAUUCUUUUAUUAUUGCAAGUCAUAAGUAUUUAUUAGAAAGUAGUCUAUAUUGAAGAUUAAUAUGAAAUAUUAAUGUACAGAUUUGGCUUUUCUUUGUUAACACGCAAAACAUAUAUUAUUCACGACUCAUGGCAAAUUCCUUGUUCAACCAUGUGCUUCAUGACAAAAGCGUCGUUUAAAAGAGCAACUUUAAC